CGCGCAAUACAUGAUAAAAAACGUCGGCAAUCUAGAUGAAUGAUAUCAGUAUAACAACAGAAUACGCACUAAUCAGACCGUUACUAUUUUCAAGUUUAUUAUCAGAAUUGCGUUCUAUCUUGCAUUAUUAUCGAACUCCAACUACUCAAAGCGUGCAAAGUCUGGGAGCAAGGCUCAUCAGAAGAAUAUAAUUACGGUGUUGCUCGGUGGACAUGUAAUGGACGGUGUAGCGACUUAACAAAACCACCAUGAUUGAAGCAUUGAUGGUGACCGUGGCCCUGCUCGCAGUAGUCGCAGCGGCAAUCUAUUAUUACGUGAAAAGUGUGUACAGUUUCUUCGAUGAUACCGGGAUUCCGAUCGCACCUUGGUCGCCGAUUGCCGGUAGCAUGAAGGAUCUAGGCAACCAAAAAUGCAGCUUAGCCGAAACGAUUCAACGAAUAUACAAUCUCUAUCCCGAAGCCAAGUACAUCGGUGUCUUCGAGAACUUCACGCCGGCGAUCAUGAUCCGUGACCUGGACUUGUUGAAGUCCGUCACGGUGAAGAAUUUCGACCACUUCCAGAACCACCGCUCAAUAACAGCGUCGGAACAGAUUUUCAGUAAAAACAUAUUCUUUUUGCGCGGUGAACGAUGGAAGGAGGUGAGGGGCCUGUUGAGCCCAACAUUCACUUCCAGCAAGAUGAAAGCGAUGUACAACUUGAUGCAUGAAUGUGCUGUACGGUACGGGGAGAAUUUGGCUAUGUUACCCAAAGAGAAAAGGUCCAUCGAGCUGAAGGACACGUUCACCAAGUACACGAACGACGUGAUCGGCACCUGUGUGUUCGGGGUGACUGUGGAUUCGAUGACCGAUCCCAACAACACGUUCUACGUCUACGGCAGGGAAGCUACGGUUAUCGAUAAACGGAGGGCAACCAAGUUCUUCCUGUCGAUGAAGUUUCCUCUGCUUUGUAGGGUGUUCGGUAUAAGGAUAUUCGAAAAAAAGAUCACGGACUUCUUCCAGGAUUUGAUCUCGUCUACCAUUAAAGCUAGAGACGAACAGGGCAUCGUGAGACCGGACCUGCUUCACAUAAUGAUGGAAACUAGGGGGAAAUUGGGCCCGGGCAAAGAACUGACAAUCGAAGACAUGACCGCGCACGCGUUCGGCUUUUUCUUUGGAGGGUUCGAUAGCAGCUCGACCCUGAUGUGCUUCGCUGCUUAUGAAAUAGGAGUGAAUCCGGAGGUCCAGAAAAGGUUGCAGGAAGAGAUCGACGAGGUGCUGAUGAACAACAAAGGAGAGGUGUCUUAUGAGGCAAUUAACGGCAUGAAGUAUCUGGACGCUGUUAUCAACGAAGCUCUAAGGAUGUAUCCGGUGAACAUUUUUGUAGACAGAGUCUGCACGAUACCUUUCGAGCUACCUCCAGCGUUGCCAGGAGGUAAACCGCAUCUGGUCAAGAAAGACGAGGUCCUUUGGCUACCGAUCUACGGGAUACACUUUGAUCCGCAGCACUUUGAGGAGCCGACGAAGUUCAAUCCGGAUCGAUUCCUCGACGACUCGAAGAAGCUUCUAAACUCUGGGAAGUUUUUAAGUUUCGGCGUAGGCCCGAGGAUGUGCCUGGGGAACAGGUUCGCGCUUCUCGAGACCAAGGUCUUGUUGUUCCACGUGUUCGCGCGCUGCAACCUUAAACCCAACGAGAAAACAACCAUACCGAUGAAAUUGAGCAAGAAAGUGUUCCAAAUGACGGCAGAGGAUGGAUUUUGGUUUGAUGUUGUGCCCAGGGAAAUUACCACUCCCGUGCUCAACAAUCUCGCGGUCAAUGGCAGUGCCAUAUAAUAAGCUUACCUCUGAAAUAUAUUUGUAGAGUAGAAUUUUCUAUUUUGGCAAAAUACGGCAAGAUAUUAACCCUUUGCGGACGGAGAUUCUCUGAAAUAUACAAAACCCUCAAGAGAUGAAGCUAAAUUAUAUAUCAAUUACUUGAACA